AAAUCAAUACUCUUGCUGCCAUUUGCGACCGUCACAGAGAAGCUCCAUGGGAUGAGAUGAGAGAAGAAAACGUCUAUGUUUUGACUCAGCUUACUUAGUCGGCAAAAGCCGUCGUGGUUCUUAAUGGUGUGUUUGAUUAAAGUCGCUGACUUUUGAAUUGGGUCAGUUUCAGUUUUUCAGAUAGAUGCUAAAAAAUUGGAUAUUUAUUUAUUUGUUUUAUUGGUGGAGAAAUUACGUGUGAAUUAUAUUAGUUUGUGACUUGCAUGAAGGCUUGUUGUUGUUGGUGAUUAGUAGAUUGGUGUUGAAAAUGGGUUGCGUGAAUUCCAAGAGAUCAGCUUUGGUUGACAGCAAGGAAGGUUUGGCAUCAUCUUGCAAAAGGAAUGUUGAUAUGAAUGUUUCAAGAUUGGAUAGAAAGAAAAAGGUUGAUGGAGUUUUGAAGAAAGAUGAGUUAUCGGAGUGUGUUUGCGCGGGAGUUUCAUUGAAUGACAAGGAAGAAGAUGGAGAUAGGAAUGAGAAGAAGAAGAUGGAGAAAAGUGAAUUGGAUUUGGCCAAUGUUGUUGAUUAUCCGAGUCUCGGAGGAAGGGUUCCAAAGGGUUUAGAAGGAGAGCAAGUUGCGGCAGGAUGGCCAACUUGGCUUUCUUCUGUUGCUGGGGAAGCUAUCCAUGGAUGGAUACCGCGGAGUGCAAGUACUUUCGAGAAGUAUGAUAAAAUUGGACAAGGAACUUACAGCACUGUUUUUAAGGCACGCGAUUUGACUAACCAAAAAAUCGUCGCUUUGAAGCGGGUACGCUUUGAUAAUCUUGAUCAUGAGAGUGUCAAUUUCAUGGCAAGGGAAAUCAUUUUUCUGCGUAGGCUUGACCAUCCAAAUAUAAUAAAGUUGGAGGGCUUGAUAACAUCACCGACGUCUCGUAGCAUGUAUCUUGUUUUUGAGUACAUGGAGCAUGAUCUUACAGGACUUGCAACAGCACCUGGCAUUAAGUUUUCCGAACCACAGGUUAAAUGCUACAUGAAACAGCUUCUUAAUGGAUUGGAUCAUUGCCAUAGUCGUGGUGUCCUCCACCGCGAUAUAAAGGGCUCAAAUCUUCUCAUUGACAAUAAAGGCAUUUUAAAGAUUGCAGAUUUUGGUUUGGCGAAUUCGUUCGGCUCUGAUCAAAGUGCCCCGUUGACCAGCCGCGUAGUAACUCUGUGGUAUAGACCACCAGAACUUUUACUUGGAUCAUCAAAUUAUGGAGUUGCAGUGGAUAUGUGGAGCACUGGUUGCAUACUCGGUGAACUAUACUAUGGAAGACCUAUAUUGCCUGGAAAAACCGAGGUUGAGCAAUUGCAUAGAAUUUUUAAACUUUGUGGAUCACCAUCUGUGGACUACUGGCGUAAACUGCGGCUGCCACAUUCUACAGGAUUCAGGCCUCCACACCAUUAUAGGAAUUGUGUUGCGGAUACAUUUAAAGAUUUUCCAUCUGCUGCUACGAAGCUUAUAGAGACCCUACUCUCUUUAGAUCCUAUACUUCGAGGAACAGCAGCUACAGCUCUAAAUAACGAGUUCUUUUCAUUGGAACCUGUUGCUUGCGAUCCAUCAGCAUUGCCAAAAUAUCCUCCCAGCAAAGAGAUUCACACUAAAAUGCGGGAAGAAUCAACAAGAAGGCACAAAGCUCUUGGGGAAAAGGAGCAAAAAGUCGGGCCACGAGUUAGACAUGAGAAAGAAACUCAGUCAUUUGUCCUAUCCAAAGCCAAUGCUGAUACUCGCAUAUCAAUGAAGCAUGAGCAGCGCUUUCCAAACAUGGCAGGCUAUGAUGGGCUGUUCAGCCGUCAUAGAGAGUCUGUAUCUGGAUUACUGGUUUCUCCUCAGAAACAGUCAGAAGAUAUUAAAGGAACAGUUAAUUAUUUCUCUGGGCCUCUUUAUCCGAAGCCUUUGCACUCAGGUUUACUCGUUCCAGGUUUGGGCCGGCACAAAAUUGGAAUGGAAGCUGGUGAGCAACCACUUCCUUUCUCAAAUAAAGUCAACCUAUCAAAAUAUUCAAAACCAUCUCCGACUUUGUUUUCUGGAACUCGAAAAGAAAAGCCAGUUCUGUUGAGACCAAGAGAUACAAUUCAAGAACCAAAAUCUUUAGGGUUGAGUAAUGGAUCAGAGUCAAAAAGAUGGCAUGAUAAAAAUCGCCAUUCUCAAAAAACCGAUCUCAGCCAAACAAAAAAUGGGAAGGACGGGCAUGCAUCCAGCAAAAACAAUCUCUAUAUGAUUGGUCCAUUAAAGUUUCCAUCAAACAAUAUGCAUCAUAUGAUCAAAGAGCGCAAUCGGAAGACCCGAGAAUAUUCAAGAUGAGGCAGAACUAAAUAGGUCUAAAGGUGAAAGUAUGAGCACAGAAAAAUUAGGAUGAUUAGCAGUCAGUUACAUAGUUUUUUCUUUUGGUGAAAUACAUACUUAGUUCUUAUUAUACAACAAGAUACAUUUUUUGACUAUUACUUGAGAACAAUUACUGAGAGAGAGAGGGGAAUGGCGGGAGUGCAUUCAUGCAAGCUCCUUUUGUAAGUAAUAGGAUUUUUGGUAGAGACUAUUGAGUCUUGAGAACCGACACAAUAAGCCAAAGCACGGAAAAGAGAGAGAAUAGAUCACAUUAAAGAAAGUAGGGUGUUGUAAUGAAAGUUGUUGUAAUACAAGAGAACUGAGAGACAUUUAGAGGACAUGUGUCAGAAUAGGAGGAUCUGAAUAGUAUUAAAAGUUCUAUAAUGUAUAAUUAAUUACAUUUGAAGUAUACUAUGGAAUAUUGAAGGAAUGUUAUAUAUCCUAAA